AACAUGGAACCCAGAAACCAAACAGAUGUAUCAGAAUUUCUUCUUCUGGGAGUGACGGAGGAUCCAGAAUUGCAGCCCCUCCUCUUCUGCCUGUUCCUGUCCAUGUACCUGGUCACCAUCCUGGGAAAUCUGCUCGUCAUCCUGGCUGUCAUCUCUGACUCCCACCUCCACACCCCCAUGUACUUCUUCCUCUCCAACCUGUCCUUUACUGACAUCUGCUUAAGCACAACCACCAUCCCAAAGAUGCUGGUGAACAUCCGGGCACAGAUUCAGAGCAUCACCUACACAGGCUGCAUCACCCAGGUCUGUUUUGUCUUGGUUUUCCUUGGUUUUGAGAAUUUUCUCCUUGCAGUAAUGGCCUAUGACCGCUAUGUUGCCAUUUGUCAUCCACUGAGGUAUACCGUUAUCAUGAACCCCCACCUCUGUGGAUGGUUAGUUCUACUCUCUUUGUACAUUAGCAUCAUGGAUGCCCUCCUCCACAGUCUGAUGGUGUUACAACUGUCCUUCUGCACUGACUUGGAAAUCCCCCAGUUUUUCUGUGAACUCGCACAGGUCAUCAAGCUCGCCUGUUCUGAUUCCUUCAUCAAUACCAUCUUGGCUAAUUUUAUGGCUAGUGUGUUGAGUGGUAUUUCUAUCUUUGGGAUCAUUUUCUCGUAUGCUAAAAUUCUCUACUCUCUUUUGAGAAUGCCAUCAGCUGGCAGAAGAUAUAAAGCCUUUUCUACCUGUGGGUCUCAUCUCUUAGUUGUUUCCUUGUUCUAUGGGACAGGAUUAGGGGUGUACAUUAGCUCUGCAGUUACUGACUCUUCCAGAAACACUGCGGUGGCCUCAGUGAUGUACACUGUGGUUCCCCAAUUGAUGAACCCCUUUACCUACAGUCUGCGCAACAGGGAUAUGAAGGAAGCCUUGAAAAAAAUAAUCAGGUAG